AUGUCUUUCAGCUUGGCACGUCCGCCCGGCCUUGACCCACAGAGCUUCGAUGUCGCAUAUCUGCAUCUGGCUACGACUCGAAGAGGUCUGCUGCAACCUCGUUUCGUUGCUAAGACUGCCCGCCUGCUGGAGGUCAUCGAGGCACGCAGGGCGGGCGACGAGGCGCGCGUGGAGCAGCUGCUGAGCGAGUACCGCGAGCAGCGCCGUCUGUCCCUGGCAGGCGGCAGCGCGGCCGGCAGGCCGGCCACCAGCGGCGCCCCUGGAACCAUCAAGCGCAGGCGCGUGCAGGGAGCGGCGCGCAUGCGAGACUUCUUCUAUCCCCAGCUGACAUCAACCUCAAGAACUGAUGGCACAGGAGAAUCUUGCAGUAGGCAAAGUGGACAGGAUUGUUCUUGGUCACCUGGGAGCCAUGCACAUGCAGGGCUGCACACACAUGACUCUUCUCCAGAGGUCCAGCACCAGUAUCAACAGGGGCAACAGCAAAAGUUACAACAGCAGCUGCAGCCACAGCCACAGCAAGAGCAGCAGCAAUUACAACAGGACCAAGCCUUUUUGGAGGAUGAUGGUAUCAAUAAUUCAAAACCACAGAUUGCAGAUAUAUCACAAGAUACUGAGCAUGAGACAAAGCACAGUAUAAUGCAACAAAACAUAUGGUUUCCUCAACCAGUAGAAACAAAGAUGUCACCUGAUUCUGGUUUCAUGUCACCUUCACCAUUCAGUAGUGAUGAAGAAUCAGCAAACCACUAUUGGAAUGCGACUAUCAUGUCACCAGCAUUACUGGGGCCAGUGUAUUCUCAAGCAAGAAUGCAGUCAUCUAUCGUCCAUCAACCUCUGCCACCUUCUACACAAAUGCCACCUGAAGAACGAACAUACAUGAGGCCUUUGGAAAUGCUGUGGAAUCUUCACAAUGACAUGCAGACAGCUGGUGCAUCUGCGUUAACAUUUUCCAGCUACUGUUACAGAAGACCCAUCAGCUCAGUUGUGGUCAGUCCAGAUAGUGACAGAAAGCCUUUGUCACAGCCAUCUCUUCAUUUUCCAAUUGCAAACCAGCCACCACAAUCUCAGUGCUACGUAUCAACAGGAGGAAGUCAUAAAUUUGUUGAAUCGCCACCAAAUUUUCGACAAAAUAACCAGAUAUCCUAUCCACUGAUCUACAACUAUCUCGCUUCCACCGAAGAGCAGAACUGGAGGAAUUUGGCACUAAACAUGAAAGACAGGAAUAAUCUUCUACAGAAAGCCAAGCUUUAUCAGAACCAUCUGCAUCAACUGAAUCAACAGUAUCAGUCAUAUCAUUCACAACAAAAUCUUCAUGUGCAAUUACCUGUGGCUGAUGCUUCAACUCCACCACCACCUCCACCUUCACUGCCACCACUCACCGCCCCUGGAGAGCAGCAGUGGAAUGUUCAAGGCAAUGAGAAAGUUGGUCAGUGGACACCGCCAGAUACUACAAGCGCACCAUUAGAGCAAGACAUACCACAAUUAAUGGGUGACCUUACACUGGCACUUAUGAACACCGUUCCUUCAGAGCUACCAACAACAUCAAAUGAUACUAUCACGCCUCCUGCUGAGAAAUUGUCUGCAUCUCAACCUUCUUGCAUUCCUGCUGUUGCCACGUGUACCACACAAGCAGUGGAAGGUACAAAAGGAAAGAAUCGGGGGAGAACAGCUCCAUUGUCAGUAGCUAGUGGAGCAGAGGAUGCUAGAUCUACUUUUCAGGAAGAUUCGCUUCACUGUGUGAGCUGUCCACAGCAAGAAUGCAACUGGACUGGGAGGCUUCGUAGUUUAGCAUCUCAUCUUCGCCAACGACACGUAGAGGCCAUCAUGUCAGCUACAGAGACAAGCCACACAGUGACUGUAGCUGAACUGCAAGCUCAGCAGCAUGUAUAUUUCCUACAGGAGGCUGGGCGCCGUCUUUUCAUUGUGGCAGCACAUUUCCACGGAGUAAUCAUGUAUAUCACUGUACAGUCAAUUCCAUCUGGCCGCGCAGGUGUAGCCAGAGGAGCCUUAGAGGUUGUGGCCAGUGAUGGCAAACCUCGAUCGUGGAGGGGCAGAAUUAGAGGAUACCAUGAACCCUUAUCUUUGCUGUGGGCUCGCAAACAUUGCCUCACUGUUGAUCCUGCUGCACUUGGAUCGUCAUCCUCCAUCACACUGUAUUGUUCAAUUUCACUUCAUGCCCCUAUGGUGUUGCCAGUUACACAUAAAAACGUGGAACAAGAAGAAGAUGACACCUUCGCACAACAGCAGAAUCUCAAUAAGAAGCAACAAGAAACAGCAAAGGAAAGGAAAUAGUAACAACAAUAGCAAACUGACACAAUCCUAGGUGCUGGUUGCCUUUUGAAUGUUCUUGGUAUCUUUAUGCACGACUGCAGUCAUAAUGCUGGUGUACUGCAAUAUUAUUUUAUUCUGGGUACCAGACAAGCAAAAUCACAGGAAGUUAUCCUGACACUGAAGUUCAUUAGCUCAUUUGUUGCAAACAGCUUAUUUCCUGAGGCUAAAGUGUCUCGUGAACAAAGAGAAUUAGUUCUCUUGUUUGAACACAUCAGUCAUGUUAUAUUUUUGCUAACAAUUCCUUAACAGCAUAAUUUGUCAUGUAGUGUUUAUAUUGUCUCAUUUCAUUUACGAGUCUUUAAUCAUUGGUUGUUAUACUUGUGUAAUAGCUAAAAUUAUCUAAUAGAAGGUCUUGACAUAUAAUUAUGUCUUAUUAAUAACUAUAAAAAAAGCCAUUUUGCAGUUAAUUGUGUAGCCAAUAUUUUUGGACAAAUAUUUACUAAACCUUUCAUUUUGUAUUACUCUUGGUGAAAAUUAUUACUUAUUUUUGAUAGUGGCUGUUUCAAGGUCCCAUUUUCAAACUAAGCAGACAAGUGAACAGGAAAUAUUUCUUUGCAGUAGAAACAAAUAAAAGACACAGACACUUUACUCAGAUAAUUAUUAAAUAUGAAAAUCUACCAGAUUUGUUCAUCUGGAUAAG